UCCUUGUUUUUAUCUGAACGAGACCCAAGAUGCUCCUCCCACUUUUCUUGGAAGCCAAACCCUUUUGCAAUCUAUAUAAGGUUGGUUGCCCAGGGACUGGGUGAUAGCAGAAACUGGCCUUCCACUCUAUCAGGGAACCCAACUUGGAGAUCAGUUAGGCUCUCUCAAGCAGUGAGGCCACCAUGGCUCUAGAGAAGUCCCUCGUCCUGUUCCCACUGUUAGUCCUGGUGCUGCUGGUGCUGGAGUGGGUCCCGCCUACCCUGGGCAAGGAAUCCGCAGCCAACAAAUUCCAGCGGCAGCACAUGGACUCCAGCGCUUCCUCCGGCAUCAGCCCCACCUACUGCAACGAAAUGAUGAGGCGCCGGAACAUGACAAAGGGCCACUGCAAACCGGUGAACACCUUUGUGCAUGAGUCCCUGGUAGAUGUCCAGGCGGUCUGCACCCAGGAAAAUGUCACGUGCAAGAAUGGGCAGACCAACUGCUACCAGAGCAGAUCCAACAUGCACAUCACAGACUGCCGCCUGACACGCGGCUCCAAGUACCCCAACUGUGCAUACAAGACCAGCCAGAAAGAGAGGCACAUCAUCGUGGCCUGUGAGGGGAACCCAUAUGUCCCCGUCCACUUCGAUGCUUCUGUGGAGGAGUCCACUUAAGACAGAGCAGUGGGAUGUCCCUCUCCCUGCCACCUCAUGGUUCUUGCCUCUCCCUUCUAACUCCAGUUUGGGCUUCCAUCCAAUACUCGGUUGCUUCUCUCUGCUGUCUUAUUCCUGCAUGACUCUGGGGGUGAGGAGUGGUUUGUGGCCCCAUGUUAACUCCUUCACUGCUUCUUCCAAUAAAACAUAGUUGCAAAACUA